AUGCAUCAGACUAUUUCUCCCUCGAUCUUCUACUGGGGAACGGUAGUCGCAUUGAUCACAACGGAAAACGAGAAUGGAACCUUUAAUAUUUGCCCAAUGUCCUCUGCGUGGUGGCUCGGCAACCGCUGCAUGCUUGGACUGGGAAUAGCCUCUCAAACAACAAUUAAUCUUCGCCGCACCAAGCAGUGCGUUAUAAAUCUACCCUCGGAUGACAUGAAGGACGCAGUGAAUGCUCUGGCACGUACAACUGGUCCGGCGAAUAUAAUGACCGCAGAGCCAGAUGACGGAUACUUGUACUUUAAGAAAAUGAACGGGUACAGUCAUGUUCCUGACAAGUUUGGCCAUGCAAACCUGACGGCGCAAGCCUCCGAAUUGGUGCGACCUGCACGAAUCGCAGAAUGCCCUGCACAAAUGGAAGCACAGUUAGUAGGCGUUUACGAAAUGUGCCAGGAUUCCGACACAAAAGGCUUCAUGGCGCUAGAGGUCAAGGUUCUCCGCACUCAUGUAGAUGACAGCAUUAGGAUGAAAGGUCAUAAGAAUCGAAUUGAUCCGGAUUUGUGGCGCCCCAUGAUUAUGAGCUUCUAA